AUGGGCAGCCUCUGCUCGCGCGAAUCCGACAAUUUCGCUCAGCCCGGACGAGUAGUUGGCACCACAUCCUCUAGCCAAAACGACCCAGCACCCCGCGCCCCACUCCCACCCAAGACAAACUGGAAGUCUUCUCCAGGCCGGACCCUUGGGGCGAGUACACCAGGAUCGGGCGAGGCAGGGCCGGAUGAAGCGAGGGCGAAUGCCGCGAUUGCAGCGCAGAAACGAGCGGAAAACGCAUCCGCGGCGAAUAAAGGGAAGCUUGGAUCCAAGCUUGCGGCGCAGAAGGCUCAGACUCAGACUCAAGCGUUGAGUGAGGCAAGUCGGACAGAGAGGGCGGCGAGGGAUGCUGAUGAGAGUGAGGCGGCGAGGAGAUGGGAUUGA